AUGGAAUCAAAGAACAUCACCACCACUGUGACAGAAUUUGUCCUGUUGGGCCUGGCACAGAGUUGCAAGCUGCAGUACUGUCUCUGUGUGAUGUCUCUCAUCUAUGUGGUAACCUGGCCAGUGACCUUCACCACCAUUGCAACUGUAGCUGUUGAUCACCAGAUCCACACACCCAUAUACGUCCUGCUGGCCAGCUUAGCUUUCCUUGGUGUCAGUGAUUCCUCAGUCAAUAAUCCCAAACUGCUCAGGCCUCCUCACCCAACGAUGACAGCUGAUCGGUAUGUGGCCAUCUGUGAGCCACUGUGUAACCUGUCUAUCAUGAACUGGAACAUGUGUAUAGGAUUGGUGGCAAUUGCAUGGUUCAGUGGAUUUGUACACUCUACUAUACAAAAUGUUUUUCUUCUCCAGCUACCAUUCUGUGGCCCAAAACUAGACAAUUUCUACUGUGUUGUCCCUCAAGUCAUCAAAGUGGCCUGCGCUGACAUCUGCAUGGCUGAACUACAGAUGGUGUUUAAUAGUGGAGUGAUUCUCAUUAUUCUUUUUGUAAUCUUGAUUAUUUCUUAUACUGUCAUCUUGCCAAAGAUAAGGACAUGCAUCACAGAAGGGAAGCAGAAAGCCCUGUCUACCUGUGGAACCCAGAUAACCAUUGUGAGCUUGAUAUUCAUGCCCUGCAUCUUUUUGUAUGCUCAGCCUUAUAAAGAAUUCUCUAUGGACAAGGUGGCCUCCAUUGUUUAUACUGUGGUCACCCCAAUACUAAACCCAAUGACCUACACACUGAGUACACUGAGAUGA